AGAUGUAAAAAGAAUUUCUGACAGUGACAUUAUACUAUUUUAUUUUUGUGGUUAUAAAUAAAUCAAAACAGAUUUUACUCCUUACUAGUGUUAGUAUUCUAUUAUGCCGCGAGAAAGAAGUCGGUACCGGGAUAGGCGAAGCACGUCAUAUAGUUCUGAAUCAUCGUACGAGAGAAGAAGAUCAAAGAGCAAACAUAAACGUAGAUCGAGAUCCCGAGAUAGAUCAGAGUCUAGUAGUCACAAAAGGAGGCGAUCUUCAUCCCGUACUAGGUCUAGGAGAAGAAGUUAUACUAGAAGUCUUUCCAGAGAUCGCUACGAGUCUAGGUCUAAACGACGUUCUACAUCGAGGUCUCGUUCCAAACGAGAUCGAUCGCGGUCUCUGUCGAGUUCUAGAAGUAAAAAUAAGUAUAAACAAAAGAAGUCUAAGAAGAGGUCUUCGAGCAGCCGCAGUGGCUCGUUUGAUAUUGAGAGACCGACCCAUACAAAGUCUCUUGAUGACACAGAAACUAAAUUGGAGAAGGCAAUCAAAGCUGCUGAGGCAGUUGGGUUGACUAUGACGAAAAUCCCAACUUAUGAGUACAAGGAGGUUGAGAUCAAAGAGGAUAUGCCUACAAUUCUUGAUAGGAACCUGUUAGCCGAGUUGAACAGUGAAUCCUUUGUGCAGAGGACAUUCACUUCCUCUAGGGCCAAAAAACAGCCUCAAAAUAUUGUUAUUGAUUUAGAUUCUCAGACUGUGAAAGUACCUGAAAGUGAUGUGAAGCCUCCGGCAGAUGAUUCCAUUAUUAAUUUUGAUGAAAUACCAAGUGAAGAAGAACUUAGAGAAAUGUGGAUUCAGAAACUUUAUCACUACAGAAAGAAAAUGUUAGGUGGGGGUGAAGCAUAGAAAUAAAGAAAAAUAAACAAGAAAUUGGAUACCUCAUUACAUAAUCAGGAUGUGGUCAGGAUACAAUUAACAAACAAUUAUUGUUUAAACAACUUAUAAUAUAUGAAAUAUUCCAUCUCUUUGCAUGUCUUUUUUCUAUUGUAGAUACCUUAACUCUUAACCUUGGACUGAGAGCAUAAUUGCAAUUGUUAAGUCUUAUUGCAUAAGAUCUCUUACACAAUUAGAUGCUUUUUUUCUAAUAUUUUGCUAUCAAGAUGCAUUAUAUUUAUAGCUUUGUUUAAAUAAUCUUUAUAAAAUGUUGCAAAUAAUAUGUAUGAUGCAGGAAAAAUUUUAAGAUUAAAUUUUUCAUUAUUUUCAUGGGGUAAAAAUAUUACAAAGAUCUUGAGCCCAUUAUUCUAACAGUUUAUUCUGAUAAAACUUCACAUUCAGAUAACAUGUAAUAGGUGUGCUGAAGAUACAACAGUAUGUAACAACAGCUCUGUAGAAUCAAUAAAAACAAGUAACAACC